AAUUUAUCGUGAAAAAUAUGAAAAUCUGACAAAGCAAGAAACAUGUGUGACACAUCCAAACAGAAUCUAUGAAAAAUACUGUCUUUCAUGUGAACUUCCCCUUUGUGUCCAUUGUAAACAGCACAGAAAAUGCAGAAUACUGCCUGGUUUAUUCCAACGUACAAAACAUAAAAUACUUGACAUUACAACAGCCUAUCAAAGAAGCCGUCAGCAAAACAAAGGAAUCAUUAUGAAGAUCAGAAGUGAGAUGCUCUUUAAUAUCUUUUUUAUCCUAGAAGAAAUGAAAGCUGAUGUCAAAGUAAUCGACAGAAAAAUCUUUAACUCCCAUUCCGAAAUGUUAACAAAAGCCCAAGGUCUAAAAGCCCUCGCUUCAACUGUGAUGUGUGAAGUUAAGAAUCGAAAUCAAAGGUUUAUUCAGAGAUUACAACAACAGAAAUUAAAAAUGGACAGACACCUUUUCAGCAUUGAGAUGUAUGAAAACAGAUUUGAACAGCUAGCAAAUAGGCCAGUGGAAUUACUCUUUUUCCUAAAGAAAAUCACUGUUCCAAAGACAGAUGCAAUAUCUAAUUGCACACUGUUCUCCCCGAUAGAGGAAAUAAACAUAGAGGACUUGAAGAGAUCAAUGACUGAAAUCCUAGUCAUAGAGAUUGGAAAAAGACAAAUAACUUAUGAACGUCUGUUGAAAAUAAUGUCCUCCCCUGUAUUGUACACAUCUAUCCCACUGACUGCUGCUAGUGGUGUAUUUCACAUUUCCUGUUUAGCUUCAGACCGGGUCUGGAUCAGUGACUGGUACAGCAACAAUAUCAUUUUAACAAACAUAACUGGUGAUACGUUGUAUCGUCUGACAGAUAGUGUUCCAAAUACAUUUGAUACAUUUAGUCAUGGGGUACAUACUGUGAAUACUUUGGGUGAACUCAUUUACAUAGAUAAUAGCUAUAAUAUAAUCAAAUUACAACAAACUACAGAUAACAUAAAAAAGUCAAGAUUGAUAAAGAAAAUGAAAAAAUGGAAACCAUUCUGUGUGUUCAGCUCACCUUCGAAUGGAGAUCUGCUGGUUGGGAUGUAUAAUACUGAAACAGAUAAAGGUAAAGUAACACGGUAUAACGACAAAGGGCAGCUCAUACAGACAAUGCAAUACGCCAACACUGGUAUGGAACUUUAUAGUGGUCCUUCAUAUAUCACAGAGAACAACAAUGGAGAUAUUGUCGUGUCUGAUGUUGGUGCUGUAGUGGUGACAAAUCGUGAAGGAAGAUAUCGCUUCUCCUACAGAGGGCCUCGAGCGCAGAAAAGACUUACACCACGUGGAAUCUGUAUAGACGCAUUAUCACACAUCCUGGUGUGUGAUGAAUACACCAGCUCAGUACAGAUAAUUGACAAAGAUGGAAACUUUCAGUCACCUAGUAUACUGACACUACAACUAGAUAUAAUUGCGCCGUACAGCCUCAGUUAUGAUGAAAAAUCUCACCUGCUCUGGAUUGGAUCCUUGAUACACAACAGAGUUUCUGUGUCUAAAUAUAUAAAGAGUCACACCUUUCUGACAGGUAGUUGUAAUAGCUAA